AACUAACCAACCAAACAGCAAAGCGCAAACUACAAUUUUAAAGUUUUAUAAAAAAUACAAUGGUUGAAAUAAUAUUAAACUUUUCUCAAUUUCAUUAAUAAAAAAAUGCUUAAAAUCUGUAAAACUUAUGCGAAUAUAAAUGUAAGAUACAAUAUUAAUAAAUAAAUAAUAAUAUAAGAAAGUUAAAAAAAUUAAUGAAUCAUGUCGGAAAGAAAAGGCACAAAAGCUCUGGAGUUGUGGUGUAAGCGUUUAAUUAAAGAUUGUCCGGAUAUACACAUAGAAAAUAUGACAACAUCUUGGAGAAAUGGAAUGGCAUUUUGUGCUUUAGUUCAUCAUUUUAGGCCAGAUUUGAUUGAUAUGUCGAAAUUAAAACCUGAAAAUAUUUAUGAAAACAAUCAACUAGCAUUUAACAUAGCUGAAAAAUACCUUGGAAUACCUGCAUUAUUGGACCCUGAAGACAUGGUAGAUAAUGACGUUCCGGACAGAUUAUCAAUUUUGACUUAUUUAUCCCAAUUCUACCAACGCCUCAGUCAUACAGUGAACACUAAGGUGUCAGAAAAUGAAUCGAAAGCUUUACCUACAAAAACAACAGAACCACCUACACCAGUAAGAUUUGGCAAGACCGGUCUUGAUAAAUGCACUUCAUGUGGCUUACCUGUUUAUUUAGCUCAACGUCUGAUGGUAGCCCAUAAACUCUACCACAGAAGAUGUUUCCGUUGUUCAAAAUGCUCAGGACACCUGAAUCCUAAGAGUUAUGAAACAGUUGAAGGAUCUGAUUUUACCUGUGAUAGUUGUAAAAAUGAUAAAACUCUAUCUAAACUUUUGAACAACAACAAUGAUCAAAAUCUAAUGGGCAUGUUGGCAUUCACUGAUGUUUUAGAUGAGCCAAAACCAAAAGAUAAUUUGUGUGAAGAUAAAAUUAGUUUCAGGGAAAACAAACGACCACAGUCUAUUCUGGACAAAAUAAGUAUGUUCGAAAAAAAUAUAGAAAAAGAUGUCCCCAUAGAUAACAGGAUGAAUAAUAUUUUAAAAGAAAAUUCCACUCAGAUAAAUAUAGAAGUAAAAACUGAAAUACUGAAUGAGCAUGACCCAAAAACUGUUCUUGAUAGAACAGAGAGUAGUAAUAAACCAAUUAAUAAUUUACCAGACGUAGUAUACAAAAGUAAUGUUAAAAAAUUCAAUUUCUUACAAACACAACUUUCUGACGGUACCUGCAAUGAAUCAACUGUUGAAGAGAAAACUUUACCUAAAUCUGAACACAAGUUGCAAGAAGAUGUGAGUAUUGAUGUAAAAAGUUUCAACAAAGAUGUUUUCCUAGAAAACAGUGAACCAUUAAUAGUCAAUGAUUAUAACAAUAUAACGGAUGAUAGCAGACUAGCGAACAGUGUUAACGUUACACUAAGUAGCACUGAACCGAUUUCUGAAGAGCCUAUCGUAUUAGAACCAGAAAUCAAAAUAAAUGUACCGCCGCGACGUAAAAAGCAAAUGGGUCAAGAUUUUAAAAAGAUAUCAAAACCAAAAGGCGCACCAACUGUUACACCUCAAGAGAACGAAGAGUAUCCUGAUCAUUUGAACCCAUUUUCGGAUGAUGAUGUUGAGGUUCAGGUCUCCCAAAAUCCUUCCAAGACAGUGAGCACUAAUCCUUUCGGCAGCAGCGACGAUGAAAACGAGGAACUACCACCAAUACCACCGAUUUCAAAGCAACCUGAAACACUACCAGUAAAACGUCUCAUAGCCGUCAAUCCAUUUUGGUCCGACGGAGAAGAACCUUCCACAGACGAUGAAAUUGACGACUUAAGCUCAAAGAUGUACAACUCUUCUAUGGCGACGAGCACGCCGAACCUGCCGUCGAGCGCGCCUCGACGUAAGAAACAGAAGGCCCCUCCGCCCCCUGUGGUACUGGUUUCAGAGCCGCAACAACCGGGCACGUCCAUGGAAGAUGUUGCCAGCCUAUCAUCGCACAGUUCUUACAAUUCUACUGCUAACUCGAGUCACAUGUACGGAAAAAGCACUCCAGUGCAGCUAAGGAAGAACAUAACGGCACCAACUCCUCCUGACAGCAUAUCAACGCUGUCCGAAUGUGCGGGCUCUCUUGAAAAAGGCGUCGAUACAUCCGGUCUCGGAAGUAACAACUCUAGUUUAGUUGGGCGACGAACUAAGGGCCCAGCGCCGGGCCUCCCGCUGCCGGAACGACGCGAAGUGAAACUUCAGAUGUCCCCAGAAGAGUUGCAAGUGCAGCUCGAUCUCCUGGAAACGCAGCAGCUCGGGCUGGAGCGGCAGGGGGUACUCAUCGAGAAGAUGAUACGGGAUAAGUGUGAGGGCGACGAGCCAUCCUCUGUGCCGCAAGAAGAGGUCGAAGAUCUUGUGAUACAACUCUGCGAACUUGUCAACGAGAAGAACGAUCUGUUCAGGAAACAAACGGAACUUAUGUAUAUCCGUCGACAACAACGUCUAGAACAGGAGCAAGCAGAUAUCGAGCACGAGAUUAGAAUAAUCCAAUCGCGUCCAGCGGUCAACCGUAUUGACGCGGAUAAGGCGCGGGAAGAGGAGCUGGUCACGCGGCUCGUGGAGAUAGUACGUCUGCGCGACGAGCUGGUGCAGCAGCUGGACGCGGAGCGGCGCCGCGAGCAGCAGGAGGACCUCGCCAUCGCAGCGUCCAUCGCCAGUAAACGAGCUCAGAGACAAAGCGAAUCAAACAGUUCUUCAAUCAAAUCAGUUGAGGUUGCAGCUCCGAAGAAGAACAAAGUAAAGGAUAAAAUGAAAAAACAAUUCAAAAAAGCAAAACACACUUUAAUUUCUAAGAAAAAGGACGAUUCGCCUGAACACAAAGAAGAAAAAGAACGUAAGAAAUCUAAAUAAAUAGCAGUUACACGGAUAUUGAUUGAUAUUAACUUUUUUUUUUUGCUUUGAAAGGUACUGAAAGUACUUGCAAGUAAGACUGAAUCAUUCCACUAAAUAUUUUUUAUUAUUGAUAAAAUGAAAAGUCAAUUAGAUCUUUAAUAUGCAUGGCUCUAGUACUCCAUUCAGUGUAAACAACAAAACAAACUCAGCAAACUACUUUUUUCAUUACCACUAUACAUUAUGUUUUUUUUUUAAAUACUGCUUGUGUGACUGAGGAAGGAGAUCGACACAUUCAUGCUAUAUCACUUAAGCACAAAAAUGGAGUAUAGAUGAUUUGACAUAUAUUUAGGAUAAAUCAAUAUCGUUUUCGUGCCAGCGUUAGUAUAUAGUAAAAUACAUAAAAUAAUACAUAAAUUCAUUUAUCCGUAACACACCAGAUAUAAUACAAAAGCAACAUAUAAUGAGUCUUAUUAUAUUAAUGACCAAAUAGUAAUGUUGUUUGACAAUCUUUUGUUUUGUGUUAAGUAUAUAUUUUAUAUCAUGUGUAAAUUAACGUAAUUUUUUUUAUUGUUAUUUUGUGUAGAACAAAAAAAUGAAUACCGUUAUACUAAUACGUAUAAAUUUACUUACUUUUGUACUUAACUAACAUAGUAUUAAUAACAUGUUCACAAUAAUUCCAGUAUUAUUUGUACAAUAACAGUAGUAUGUUGUAAUACUUAUGAUUUCUCAUUACAAAUUAUUGGAUAAGUGAAUUAAUUCAAGUCGAAUUUCAAAAGACCUUUAACUAACACCAUAAUAUGUAUAUGUUUAUAGUACUUAAUCUUAUAAUUGCAAUAAUUUGAAAUGGUUCCCAGAAGCUCGCAAUUGUGAUUCAACUUUAAAACGCAUCGGUAUAAUGCACGUAUGCUAAUAGUCACGUUACUUAAUGUAAGCAACUAAACACAAGCAACGGCCUUACCUCGACCUAACUUUGUGUUAAUUGUUUACUAAAAAAGAUAGAUAUUUACAGUGGUGGAUUUACACUAGGGGCAAUCGAGGCAAGUGCCCAGGGCGGCAAACUUUUGAAAGUAAAAAUAUUUUUUUAGUCUUAU